AUGGCUUCCAGUUCAGGGUAUGGGAAUAACCGUCUAGCUACGGGCUUCCGCCAGAUGCCACUGCCUCCCCUUCAGCCAGUCAUGCGCAAAUCCCCCGACUCUUCCCAAAUGGCUGCCAAUCUAGGCGCUUCCUCGUAUGACGCCAUUGAGAUUUCAGACGACGAGGAAGACGACGAGGAAGAUGACGAGGAAGAGUCGGACGGUGGGAUGGUCAUUAACGUUGGCCACUCCGAACACGAAGACGCUUCCGACUCCAUGGAUGUCGAUGAGGUCUACGGCGCUCAGUCAAGAGGAGGUGGCACAGAGGCACAUUCCUCUGCACGAGAAACAUCCCAGUCCUUGUCUUCCACGGGACACCAAGCUCACAACCAGCUACAGGGCGAUCUCGAGCGAUUUGUCAACGUUGUCUCCACCGAAUCCUCGGUGACGAAUUCUAGUGCCCAUGCAGGUCCACGGUUGGCGGAUCUGAGCCCAGAAGACCUUGAAAACCAAAUCAAAUAUGCCUUCUUCGAUGUCGACUCCGACACUAUAGAUCUCAAUCAGGCCGCCGUCUGCCUCAACUGUCUUCAGCCAGGUCAUGCUGAGCGAAACUGUCCAGAAAUUGUAUGCGUCUACUGCUCGAACCCCCAUUCCAGCCGCUCCUGUCCCCGGCUUCAGCGGUGCUCAAGGUGCCGCGAUAGAGGACACGCCGCCGAGUCUUGCCGGAGUAGCCUGAAGGUUACCACUGUUCCUUGCGACAUUUGCGGAGGUCUGAGCCACGUCGAACAAACAUGUCCUCAGCGAUUUUUCCCUUGGAGUAGAGACCCUCUCGGCGAGCCUUUGAGGCUCUGGGUCUCUUGUAGUAUCUGUGCAAGCAAGUCACAUUUGGUGGGUGACUGUGAACUUGCCAACCAAGCAGCAACAGCGAGAUGGUCUCUGAAAGCUUUCCCGCGAGACUCGAUUAUCAAUCUCAGCGUCGGGGCUGACACGGAGCGCAUGGAAGAAAUGGCUGCCAACCGCGGUCUCCGACCAGAAGGCCUCAAGAUUAGAGGUCGUGCAGGCCUUCUGAAAGCAGGUGUAUCAACUCCGGCUCAAGAAUCAGACAAUACCGACGAAGAGGAGCAAUUCAUUAGGCCAGCGAUCAAGAUUCAUGAUGUUCCUGUCCCACCCAAUUUCAAGCUUUCGGAGCCAAAACGUCUCGUGCAAGCAAAGACAGCUGCACUAGCCAAGCCCGCUGAACCUCAGAUUAAUUUCGGGAACACGCCAAGCCGAGCCAUCCUUACAGAAUUCGUCGCCGAGGUGAAUAGUUCGAGGCAAAAAGAGGGCAAGGCUCAGGUUCAAUUGAAGUAUCGAGACAACGGACCCCACAUCAUCGACCCUGCAAGGCCCGCGAAAAAGUCCAAACCCCUAGGCAACGAUAGUGAACAGAGACGCGUCAUAUGGGAAUGGGUCAAAGGGGGUAAGAAGAGCGGAACGACUGUUGGUAGUACGCAAUCGCGUCCUACCACGAGACUGGGCGAGGCAUAUCUCGUCUAG